AUGUUGCGAAAUCUGCCUCAUGGACUCCGGUCUGUUGUACUGCUGAGGAGAGGUGUCAGGCAGUUGUCAGAAGGUCCCGUUGUUGAGACGAGAGAAGGUUGCGUUUUUGUUGACUCGGUUUUUCCAAUACAACUUGGCAGAUUCGAUAUUCGGCGUUAUAUUGGUCUUCUUAGAGAAGAAGGCCUUGUUCAAUCGCUACGUGACCGUCUUUCUUCAGUAAAUGCCCACGGCUUUCGCAUCACAUCCUUAGAGCCGCAUCCCAAGGACGGCGGUGUCUUUAUCCGCUUCGCCUACAAGGCUGAUUCCGAGAAUGCCCUUGAAACUAUAGAGCAAGAACUUAAGCGCAAAGUACACGAUCAUGGCGGUCCUCCGUCCUGGCUUGGAUUGGGUUCAGGCAAUGUCUGGCUGGUCAAAGGGAUACCAUGGAAUGAGGAUAUGUACCAUUUCGCCUCCCCGAUCGUCAAAGUCGCGUUUGAAGGACCAGAUAUCCAUCAGGAAUCUCUAUACAAGCUUCUGCGCCCCUAUGGCCGCAUCAAAGACAUGACAGAUCCCAUUCCUGUGCCUGCAGGCUCUACCCGCUUCUCAACUGUCUCCUUUCAAAAGAUUCGCUCCUGCUGCAAUUGCGCGAAAUAUCCUAUUCGCGUACACGCCGUUCGAGACUGGCUAUCAGGUCACCCCAGGAUUGUAUUGCCCGUUGUAGUAUUUCUGUUGGGUACAUUGACGUAUACUAUUUUCGAUCCCUUGCGCUCCCUCAUGAUACAAGGAAAGGUGGAAGACUGGUUUGAUGUCCAAGAGUUCAAAUUCUAUCAAUGGCUAAGAAAACAUACACUUGAUCGAUUAUAUUCAGUUUCGAAGGUCUCUCCAUUUACCGCAAACGAUGGGUGGAAGGAAAGAAAGGAGGCUGAAGCCGCAGUUCGAGCAUAUCUGGCGGAAUUGCCAACAACUAUCACUUUUGUUCACGGUCCCCAAGGUAGCGGGAAAUCUACUAUGCUCCAGACGGUUCUGAACGAUACCGACCGAAAAUCGCUUACGAUCGACUGUGGAUCUCUACUUCAAUCCAGUUCUGAUGCCCUGUUAGUUAGAGGGUUGGCCAAACAAACUGGCUAUUGGCCAUUCUUCUCCUUCCUUAAUUCUGUGAACCAUUUAUUAGACCUGGCAAGUAUGGGUCUCAUUGGUCAAAAAGCCGGAAUGAGUACGUCAUUGGUGGAACAGCUACAGUCGAUCCUGGAUGUGACUGAGAAUGCACUAAAAAACAUCGGUUCGUCGCAUCGACGCACUCUUCACAAGCAGACACGCCUGGCGGAAAAGGAAAGGUUGAAGGCUGCAGAAGAGGAGGCCGCACUGCGCAGAAAGCAAGGCAAUGGUAGCUUGGAUGGUACUGCCGAAAGUGGGGUUAAGAGCGAACUCGGUACACCGAAGAAAAAGCUAAGCAAGAAGCGGAAAGCACAAAGUGCUGAGGACAUUGAGGCUGUGGAAUCAUUGCCUAUCGUGAUUAUCAAAAACUUCGAAAGAGGCCCAGGAUAUGGCGACGAGUUGCUGAGCGCCCUUGCUAAAUGGGCUGCUAGGCUUUCAGAACACCAGAUUGCACACGUCAUAGUCGUCAGCGAUAACAGAGAAAACAUGAAGAGUCUUACUAAAGCCCUUCCUUCGAAGCCUCUUAACUUGAUAGCCCUCGAUGAUGCUGAUACAGCCAGCGCUUUGGCUUUUGUGAAACAUAAACUGAAGGAUGCUGACAUUGACUUGCAGUUUUCGUACGUACAGACCACGUACCUGGAGAGACUAGGUGGACGAUCGAGUGAUUUAGAAACUCUUAUUCAUAAAGUCCGCAAUGGCCAACAAAUUGAGGAGGCUGUUGAGGAUAUCAUUAAUCGGGGCGUUGGUGAAAUCCAGAAAAGCGCUUUUGGGGAUGAUGAGGAUGAUGCGAAGCGUCUACCUUGGACGAGAGAGCAAGCGUGGAUGGUUGUGAAAAAGCUUGCGAGUCAGCCUGAGAUUUCGUAUUCUGAGGUUCUCUUGGAUUUCCCUUUCAAAAGCGAUGAGACACCUCUGCGGAAUAUGGAGCAUGCUGAGCUCAUUUCGAUUGGAACGCACUUAGGUCGCCCAUCCACCAUCAAGCCAGGCAAACCUAUCUUCAAAUGGGUAUUCCAGCGCUUAGAGAAAGAUGCCAUCUUCCAGGCGACUCAGGAUCUAGCGUUUAAUGAGAAAGUCAUCGCCACUGCCGAAACCAGCAUUAAGGCAUACGAACAAGAGCUCUCGACCCUCAAAGACAUGGGAGCGGACACGAGUUUCUGGUCCAACCUCGGCUCUUCGUCGGUACUUUCACAGCGGGCAAAAUAUCUUCUAAACAAGGCUAAGGCGGCACAAACUAAGGUAGAGACACUGGAGAAGCAAAAUUUGUUGUUGAAGAAAACGCUGUCGCAGCGGACAUGA